UGGUCUCACACAAGCGACGACACCAUCAUGGACGCGUUGUUGGCCUCGGAACUGUCUGCUGAAACAUUGGCUGCGCUGCAAGCCCACUUGGCCGCGACUCAAAUCGCCGACGAGUCUGCAGACGACGAAGUGUCGGAGGACUUUCGGCUGUCUCAAUUCUGGUACGACGACGUAACAGGUGAGGCACUGGCUCGCGAGGCUUUGGAGAUGAGCAAAGGUGGACCAAUUGCCUUUUUGAGUACUCCUGCCGCCUACAAGGCGCUCAAGAAACUCGAACCUGAGCGCAAGAACGUGUACAUUUUCGAGUAUGACCAUCGAUUUGGCCAGAAAUACGGCGACGAGUUUGUCUUUUACGACUACAAUGCCCCGCUCGACGUGGACGCAAAGUUUCACAACUUUUUCGAUUAUGUGCUGGUGGAGCCUCCAUACUUGACGGAACAAUGCAUGAAAGGAUUUGGGGAAACCAUGAAAUUGAUUUCGCGCGAAGUUGUACCGACCGACCAUGGCAAAAAAGUUAUGAUCACCCCCAACGUCUUUAUCAAUUCUGGAGCAUUGAAGGAGGCCAUGGCGGACGAACUGGGGCUCACUCCAAGUGGCUUUGUGCCGACGUUCGAGUCGAAAUUGUCCAAUCGGCUCACGACUUACGUCAACUACUCGUCGGAACGGUUUGGCAAGUACGAAGCGUGAAAGCCUCUGUGUCGACGAGAGUGUUCACAAGUUGUUUGUUUGCAUAAGUCCCGUGAGUUGCACGACCCAUCUCCGUUUGUACUCUCAUUUUAGUCGAGUUGCUUACUUCGGACGAUAUCGAUAACGUUAGCCAUAACUUAGUCUCUAUAAGUUACUGUUAGUAUCAAUGCAAUCACA